AUUUGGUUCUACAGCAAGAUUGAUUUUCCCUUUUUUCUACGUAUUUAUUAUUAUUAUUAUUAUUAUUAUUAUUAUUAUUAUUAUUAUUAUUAUUAUUAUUAUUAGGUAUUUUUGUUAUUAUUAUUGUUGUUGUCAUUAAUCUAUCUAUACGUCUAUCCAUCUAUCCCCCAGCGUGAUUGCCGGAGUAUGGAGCGGGGUCCGGCAGGCGUGGCGUGGGUGGCGGUGAUGGUGCCGGCGGUGGCGGUGGUGCUGUCCUGCCUGGUGGACGAUCCGCUGGGCUUACUCUCCAUGACCUCAGGCCCGCCAUCACCACCAACACCACCACCGCCAGAGCUUGAAGAUGUAGGGGAGCCGCUCUUCCUCACCCCGCUCCUGGAAGCCGGCAAGAUUGAGGAGGCGCGGAGACUGAGUCGCGUGCCGCUGAGAGAGGAGUACGCACUGAGCUACGCAGGUCUCUUUACCGUCGACAAAACCUUCGACUCCAAUCACUUCGUCUGGUUCUUCCCGGCCAGAGAGGGAUGCAAGGACGCCCCUGUCAUGGUGUGGCUGGACGGCGGGCCUGGUUUCUCUUCGAUGUUCGGCCUCUUUGGCAUGCACGGUCCUUUCUCCGUCACUGUGGACAGAGAGCUGGUGCCCCGCGAACACACCUCCACCAAGCACUUCAACAUUGCCUUCAUUGAUAACCCAGUGUUCUCAGGUGUGUGGGUGAAGGGGAGUGACAGGUACAUCGGCCGUGCCUUCCCUCAUACACCGCCCCGCCUGCAGGAGAUGCGUUACUUUGACGAGCACGUGCAAAAGCCUUACGUGCGACGCGCCCUCCACGUGGGAAACAAGACCUACUAUCCCUUUGAUGGCUAUCUCGGCAAGUUCUACGAGGGAGAUGUUAUGCGCAGCGUCGAACCCUGGCUGGAGGAGAUGCUGAACAACAGUAUCAAGGUGAUGCUGUUCAACGGACAACUGGACCUUGCCGUGCCGUAUGCUUCAUCUGAGAUGCUGGCGCGCUCGCUGCACUGGAACCACGCGCAGGAGUACCUUGAAGCGCCCCGGCGAGCGUGGUGGGUGGAGGGGCAGCUGGCUGGGAACGUGCAGGAGGCGCGAGGCUUGGUGCGGCUGUUGGUGCGCUGCUCCGGCCACGAGGUGGGUCACCGGCAGCCACUCGAGGCGCUCGACAUGCUGAAGAGAUUCAUGACGCGGGACACUUUCCUUUAGGGACGCCGCGGCGUGACGGAGCGGCUUGUGUGGCAGGCGCCAUGGACACUCAUUCAUUGCCAGUGACACGUGACCAUGACACCUGUGCCAAGCAUCUCCCUGAACCACCACCACGGGCCGCCACGCCCAGGCUCCGCACCUCCACUCUUUGUAAUUGUUAACGGAGAAGAGUUUUAAGACAGAAAUCAUUGUUGUCUGGACAUGUUGGUCACAUUUCCUCAGCUUGACCCCCCCCCUUAAAGUGUUACGUGAGUCCCUUGGUUGUGGCGGCUGGCACCCUCACCGCCGCCUGGCAGAUGUUGUGGGGUGGGGGUAAGAGGGGCAGCAGCAGCGGAAUGAAUUGUGUGUGGCGGUGUACAAUACAUGUUGUUCUCUAUCACAGACUUGUGUUUCGUAUGUUCACCAUUAUGUGUACACCAAGCAGUGGUCGCGUCAUAACUUGGGCACCAUUAAUCUUUUGGUGGAUUUAAACAUGUUCACAGGUACGACGAGUGUUCUUUUGAAUAUCGUGACGGAACAACUCGUGUUAGUUAUUUAUAGUUUUGACUGGAGCAGCUAUUACGCUUGACGCAGCAGCUGAUAUGUACCAGCGUGUGGUGACUGCAGUGUCUGCCGGGCCCUGCCUGCCUGCCUGCCUGCUCAGCAUGCACCACAGAUGGAGUGAAGGCCCUCCUGAGUACAGAUCACUCUUGCAUCACCUCGCGUGUCAGUUUGCUCGGCGGCGUCUGGCGGUUUGUGGCGAUAAUUUGCAGCAGGGGGAGAGGACGGGGGGCCCGGCCAGGCAAUGCUUCUCUUGUUGUAAUGUAUGAAUGUGACUCAAAAUCCGUGUGCUUUUUAAAAAGGAGGCGUCAUGGCUGAGGAGAAGAGAGGGUGUGUAACCCUACUCGAUCCCACAGCAGUCGGCAGUACAGCACCUGUUUAAUAUAUAAUAUAGGAUGAUGCGAGGCGUCGUUGCCUGAGCUAUAUAAAUAGCAACAGUGCGGCGUCACACCAGUUCUUGCAUUGAAUAUUUCCCUCAUGCCAGUGCACGUGAUGUGAACAGUUACAGUCCUGAAACUGGGCUUGCCAUGUAGGGUGAUAUCACACGGUGACCGCCUGCUGCCCUGCCAAGAUGACAAACCAGUUUCAUGGUAAUGCGUGUGCAGCUGGCUGAGCUUCCUUUGUAGCUGAAGGAAACGAUAACCUCCACUCGUCAAGCCGUGGCGAGGCGGCAGCUGGCCCUGCCUAUAGGGAUUACCGGCCGUGCACCGAGACGAGCACGUGCCACAGGUGGCCGGAGGGGCGUGCGCAGCGGGGCAAGAUGAUGCGGGGCGGGGCGAGGGGAAAAGAGUUGGCAGGGCGCCCCAGAGAAGGUAGCGAGGGCAGCACUCAGUCGCAGACUGCCCUCAGUGGUACCUCGCACAGCUACCAACCCACACCGCCACCUCUACGUCUCGCCCUCGCUCGGCAUCUUGCACAAACUCUCGAUCUCCUCAGAUCCGCCGCGCUCCUCGCCGCGCCCCGCCCUUGCCUGUGAGCAGUGCCUCUCCCUGCCGCCCUCAGGGUGACCGCCAUCGCGGAACGUUUCCGCCGCUGACUCACACCCGCGGGAACACCAACGUUUAGGAGGGCUCGCUAAGAUGUC